AUGUUUGAAAUUACCAAUAUACCCUUACCUACCCUGAUUAACGUCAUUCACAUUCAUUCACGUAUCACAGUUUCUUCUUGUUCUCUCCGCUCACGCACUCCUCUCGCAUCUCGACCGCAUCUUGACCUGCAACAAACACCGGCGACGCCGGCGACCUGCAACACCGGCGACAACGUGCGAACUGCAACCCCGCGAGCGAUCAGUCAUCCUGGUCAUCGAGAAUUCUUCAACGUUGCUGCUACUGAAUUGGGAGAUGAAAUGGUUGAUUGGUUUGCUUUUAUUAUCUUUAUUGUGAUUCUUUUUGUUGCUGACUUUUUAAUUUUGAAUGCAUGUCUGUUCUUGGUGGCGCAUCAUCUUUUGAUUAAAAGACUCAGAAUUUGAUUUCUAGUUAUCAAACUGGUGUUUGAAUAUAUGACUGUUCUUGGUGGUGCACCAUCUGUUUGAUGAAAAGAUUCUUAGAAUUCGGUUUCUUGAUAUGAAAUCGGUGUUCGAU